AUGUCUCUGGUUCAGAACCCUUCUCUCGGAUUCGAACCGGCGAUCAAAGAGUCCUCUUCGUCGCCGUUUCGCAUUAGUUGUGGUCACUGGUACGUUCGUCACGGAGUCUGCAUCGCCUGUGAAUCGACGGUGGACAAACGCGAAGGCCGACCGUUCGAUUAUCUUGAACAGGGUUUGCAGCUAAGCCACGAAGCUGUGGCGUUUACGAAGCGUUCUGCAACGCGAUUCCAUUGUCUCAAGGAGAAGAAGCUUCACCUUGUCCUUGACCUGGACCACACGCUUCUCCACUCCACCGAGGUCUCAUAUCUCUCCCAAGCAGAAAAGUAUCUAAUCGAAGAAGCGGAUUCGACUUCAAGGGAAGAUCUUUGCAAGUUGGAUGCCGAAUACUUGACAAAGCUACGGCCUUUUCUUCGAAGCUUCUUGAAGGAAGCCAGCGAGAUGUUCACAAUGUAUGUUUACACAAUGGGCAACCGCGACUACGCUAAAGCCGUGUUGGAGCUGGUUGAUCCCAAGAGAAUCUAUUUUGGGGAGAGAGUGAUUACAAGAGACGAGAGUCCUUACAUGAAGACGCUUGAUUUGGUCUUGUCCGAGGAGCGUGGAGUGGUGAUUGUGGAUGAUACGCCUGACGUUUGGACCCAUCAUCACAAGAGUAACCUUGUGGAGAUUAGCAAGUACAACUACUUCAGAGUCGAUGGCCUACCAGAAGAGUCAACUUCUUACUCUGAGGAGAAGAGAGACGAGAGUGAAAACGACGGUGGAUUGGCCAAUGUUUUGAAGUUACUCAAGGAAGUUCACUGUGGGUUCUUCAGUGUCAAGGAAGAUCAGUUUGAGUCACAGGACGUGAGGUUCCUGCUACAAGAAAUAUAUUUUAAAUUUGCCAAAGAAGAUUAUGCUGUUUCUGUCUUGUAA